AUGCAUCAUGCAGGUUUACUGGAGUGCAGGAGGGAGUUGGCCGCCCUCAUUACAUACAAGACUGAAUUUGAAUUAGACUGCCGCCAUCAAAUGGGGCACAAAAAGGCAAUGCUAUUCGUUCAUGCCACCAUCAUCACGGUAGACCCGGAACGGACAAUAUGGCUGGACGGAGCAAUAUUGGUAGAGGGCGGACGCAUCGCUGCCAUUGAAAAGACAAGCCAAAUUCUGCAACAUCAUGAGCGGAGUGGUGAAACCGACAUUGUCGAUUGCAAGGGCAAAAUCAUCAUCCCAGGCCUCAUCAACACGCACGCCCAUCUCGGCCAGUCGCUCUUACGAGGAUUAGCUGAAGACCUCCCGCUACAUUCAUGGCUGUGCGACGCCAUUUGGCCCCUGGAAGCCAACUAUCAGGGCGACGACGGCUAUAUCGCUGCUCGGGUGACUAUAGCAGAGAUGCUAAAGAGUGGAACGACAUGCUUCUUGGAGGCUCUCCUGACGCCGACCAGUGGCUUUGAAAAUGCCGUUCGAGCGGUGGAAGAGAUGGGGAUUCGAGCGUGUCUGGGGAAGCUUGUCAAGGUGCAAGAGACGACCAAGACGGAUGCAAUUGCGGAUCCUCGAGACCGGGACAUCUCCAACAUGUCGAUUGACGCUGCUCUCACUGCUCGCGAACAUUACCACGGCGCUUGUGGAGGUCGCUUACAUGUGUGGAUGGCAGCUGUCACCCCUCGCGGCUCAGCCGAGUCUGCUCAUAAGGCCAUUGGAGAUGCUUGCGCGGAACAUGGCAUGGGUCUCACCAUGCACUGCGCGGAAGCCCCAAAAGACUUAACAAUCUACCGCGAUAGCUACGAUUGUAGCCCAGUGGAGUUCUGCAAACGGACCAACCUGAUCGGGAGAAACCGCAAGACCGUGCUCGCUCACAUGGUGAAUCUGGAUCUUCCUAAGGACGUCCCUCUCCUGCGAGAGACUGGAGCCACAGUAGCACACAAUCCGAGCAGCAAUUGCAAACUUGGAUCAGGCAUUGCAGCUGUGCCAGAGCUGCUGGCUGGCGAGGUCAAUGUUGGUCUGGGCACGGAUGGAGCCCCGUGUGCAAAUACUUACGACAUGAUCCUUGAGAUGCGUAUGGCGUCUCUUAUUCAGAAAGGGUCACGACAGAAUGCCACCACUAUGACGGCUGAGCAGGUCCUCGCCAUGGCGACCAUCAAUGGCGCCAAGGCAUUGGGGCUCGAACACGAGAUCGGAAGUUUGGAGGUGGGCAAGAAAGCAGACUUCGUCGUGAUCGAUACGUCUGGCCUUCAUUGCGUACCAUUCGACUCUGAGCAGAUCCUGAACGGCGGGAUCGAUCCUGUUACUACUGUUGUAUUCUCUUGCUCUGGUGCCGACGUCGAGAAGCUGGUGAUCGACGGAGACAUGCUGAUUGAUAAUCACAGCUUUCUCCAUUGCGACGAAAUGUGGAUCAAGGCCCAAGCCCGGUACGCAAUCUCCAGAAUACGCAAGGAAGCUGGAAUUGGAAACAAGCUUGCGCGGAACUAUCGGUGA